AUGCCAGUGGCCUUUCAUCUCUUCACACAACUACCCACCGAGCUGCGACUGAAAGUAUGGCGUUACUGUCUUCCGCAUCGAGUAUGCGAACUUGAUCAGCCUGUGGACCGCAUCGUUUUCGGCCUUGACGAUGACAACUCCUCACUCGCACCGUGUCGGCUCUACCAAACGACCUAUCAAAACGGACGACCACCACUCAUAAGCCAUGUAUGUCGUGAAUCGCGCUUUGUUGCGACCAGGUCCGGCGGCUUUGCUACGGUUUGCGACCCAGAUCGGCCACUCGACACUCAGUGGAUCUCAGGCACGGACAACUCGGAUGCCUGGUUUGACACAACUCGUGAUUCACCUCACCUCAACUGGACCCGCGAAUACGAAGCUGAUUAUGAUUAUUCUGGCGACUCCCUCCAAUGUGUCGUGUGGGAAGCUUUGCGGAUGUCUGCCACCCCCUCCAUUAUGUUGACAUAUCUCGAUCCCGCAGCGAAUGAGCCUCAUGCUCCUAGACUGUCUCUGCAGAGUCAGCCUGCGUCACCUGUCCACAAGGUUGUGACCCCAGAUGAUCUCAAAGCCAUCAAUGCAUACAAACAGCUACCAGCAUGGCUAGUCGUCAUGCAAGUUAUUGUUGUGCAUGCCCAUCCCCACGAGGCGAUAGCCACUGGUCUAUUCGGCCUGUUGGGAGAUGCCCCCGUGCAAGUGGUUCCAGCAUCAGCACAAGACAAGCUGGACAGAUUCUAUGACCUAGCUGAGGAUUGUGAAGGGAAACAGCCUGUCACUGUUGCACAAGAUCUUACGCGACGAUCUGCCGAUUCGAUGAGGCAACGACUGAGACGUGUGAUCACAACGAAAUUUCACUCUGAUGAGUUGACCACGAUUAUGCAUCCGGCAAUCAUGUUUCGUCUGUGCGCUCGAAUGUGCAAUCAUCGCGUCGAGACGUGA